AUGAAGUCCUUCACAGCGCAUUCUUGGCUUGAGUUCUGGUUUUACGGGCUUUAUCCUGCACUUAUGGUCGCACUGACAUGCAUCGGUGUCUUGGCCACGUUAGCUUUAUGGCCCUUCCAUAUGAAGUCCACAACACAGCUUUGUGAAAGAUGCAAGCAAAGAGAGAAGAGCGAUGAUUCGGAACGAGUGUCUACAAGCGCGACUUUUACCACCUCAGAUGCUCGACUUCAUCCACAUCAGAAGGUCUUCGAACCAGAACCGAGUAGGUCUCAACACCCUGCUUUUCGAUACUCGUUCAUACCGCCUUCGCCUUUUGGAGCCGGAACCCCAAUUCGAGUGCCCUCAUUCCGCACAUCGUCGCCAUGCCAGCCCGAUGGAACGCCUGUACGCGUUCGCUCGCUACGACAUUUCCUACUUCCACCACCUCUCAGCCGCCAUCGUGCAGAUGGAGAGCAGGGUUCUGAUGGCGCCCGGACACCUGAUAAAACACCCAGUGUUAGUAGACGGCUAAGUGCUGUUGCGGAGGAUAUGGUAGAUGCUAUUAUGGUUUAA